GCUUACGAGCAGAUCACUUCAUUCUCUUCCUCGUGAGCUAGUACGAUACGUUUUCAACAUAGAGACACAAUGUCACUUCGAGAGGUUAGCGCCGGGGCCCCGUUAUCAAAUCAGUUGCUAUCUAAUCGACUCUCGGCCAUUUGCAACUGCCUUUGCCAUCAUGGAUCGCUGACAGCCACCUAGUUCAACCGCUUAGCUCUGUUCGAUGUUUGAUACAAGCAAUAGACUUGUCGUUUGGUACUCUCAUGCCAAUAUCGUUUGAAGAAUGUCCGAAUUGGUGAGGUCGUUGGUGCUGAAGCCGGACAUCUCAAAGCCUAGAUGGGAUCAGAGCACUUUCGAGGGCAGGUCUAGGCACUUUUUCGCCAUAACGAACCCUCUGAAUCUCUUCAACACCAACGCGCAGCUAAAAAGAUACAAGCGAAUAGUUGACGAUUACAGGAAAGGUGAAACACCCGAAAAUUUGACGGUAAAUGAGUUAUGGAAAGCUAAACACGUGGUCGACUCUGCCUUUCACCCUACGACUGGAGAGAAAAUGUUCAUCAUUGGAAGGAUGUCGGCACAAGUACCGAUGAAUAUGGCUAUUACGGGUGGAAUGCUGACAUUUUACAAAUCACCAGCAGCGGUAAUCUUCUGGCAAUGGCUUAACCAGUCUUUCAACGCCGUUGUCAACUAUACGAACCGGUCCGGUGAGGGUAGCGAUACCAAUGAGUUAGUUCAAUCCUACUUCGCCGCCACUGGUGGAGCGCUCGUCGCCGCUUUGGGACUGAACUCUUUGGUGAAGACCGCUCCACCUCUAAUUGGACGACUUGUACCUUUCUUUGCCGUGUGUGUUGCUAAUGCCAUCAAUAUUCCAAUGAUGCGAAGGGGCGAAUUGCGCGACGGUAUUGACAUCGUGGAUGCGGACGGUAACAAGCUUGGGCAAAGCAAGCAUGUUGCACGGUCUGCAAUCACACAAGUCGUCAUAUCCCGUAUAGGAAUGGCUACGCCGACAUUUGCUCUGAUUCCUGUAAUUGUCAAUGCGCUAGAGAAGAAACCAUAUUUCAAGCUGCGUCCUCACCUCUUCGGACCCCUCCAAACUGUCCUCUGUGGUCUGAUCCUCCUAGUCUCGACACCAGUCGGCUGUGCCUUCUUCCCUCAGAUGACUCCAGUCCAAGUAUCAAAACUUGAACCAGAACUUCAAGCAAAAAUCAACGCUUUGCCAAAUCCACCAACGACAGUUUAUUGCAACAAGGGACUGUAAUGAUUCAUAGCGAUGGCAUUAGGCCUGUUUUGUAUAAUUUCGAAGCUCUUUUUUUUUCUUUUUUUUACCCGAUUAUUACCAGUUUUGAGCUCGAGUUAUAUUGUUGUUGAUUUGCACCUUUUUCUAACGAGCAUACUUUACAUUGAACCAAGUUAUUUUUCUCGUUCAGAUCUUUAUAAUCUCCUGUAACAUUUCAUUUCUUUCCCUGAGGCUUUGACCAGUCUGAAGUAGUUUAUGCAUCUUCAUUUGCUAUUUUGAUAGUCUGAGUUUCGUAAUGGUCAGGCAUAAUAGUAC